AUGACAGCUGAAAGCAUCAAAGCCGAAAAGAUUGAGGUUGAAGAGAAACCGUCUGCAUUCCCCUCGCCUGCCGUCAACGAUACCUCUUGCCUGCCCGACAUCAAUAAUCCGAUUUAUCAGCAGGCGAUGUAUCAACAACAUGCCUACAUUCCGCAAGGCAUCACGUUCCCAUUCGCUCAGGGUUACUCAACUACCGGUCAAUAUCCAUAUUCACAGUAUCGAUUGUAA